AUGGCUGCCAUUCGAAGUGGUCUGCUCGACGUGCUCGUUCAUGGAGAAUGGCACCGAGUGCACACCACUCUCGAUCCAACCGCCAUCACUGACCAAAACCAAGAACUCGACGCUGAGAAACGAACAGUACGCGUUGUCAAAUACGAUGGCAAUGGCCUCGGAAUCAGCAUAAAAGGAGGGCGCGAUAACAAUAUGCCAAUUGUUAUCAGCAAAAUUUUCAAAGGAAUGGCCGCAGACCACACAGGUGAACUGUUCGUUGGAGAUACAAUUCUCGCAGUUAAUGGCGAGUCUUUAAUUGAUGCCACACAUGACGACGCUGUGAGAGCUCUAAAGAGAGCAGGACGUGUUGUUGACCUAUACGUGCAAUACAAACGCGACGAACUUGUGAGACGUGAUAACGCUGUGGAAAAUAUCGAAUGGGACGACGAUAACCGUGACAAAAUCCGAGCUAUUGGUUUGAAGUUAGCGUAUGUUGCUCGUGCGGGUGUGGAUGCAGACGCAGAAGGAAGGAUCUUUGAAGUGAGUAGAGAAAAAAGUCCUUCCGGACGGUAUGCGCUGGCGUUUCGGUGUAGCACUUCAAUGGAGGCAGAUUCGUGGUUCGAAGUGAUUCACGGCUGUGUGAAUGCAUUACUAACUCAGGCAUUAGCUCAAGUAAAUCUCAUGCUUGGAGGACACCCACAAGUCAGAAGAAUGGGUUGGGUCUCAGAGCAGGUAGAGUUCCACAACGGUAUAAUCAUGUGGAAGCCGAAAUUUCUGACACUUACACAAAACGAACUGUUAUUCUACGAUGCAGUCCCUCAGCUAAAAACCGAAUGGGCGGAACCGCGGGUCACCCGGCCACUUGUUGCUACGAGAGUUGUGCAGACCACGUCGAGAACAGCACCAGUGAUGAAGGGAUUAUCUGAUGUCAUUUCUCUCCAAAUUCGCACCGGAACUCAGAAUGGAGUACGAACUCAUAUUUUACGAGUGGAAACGCAUGCAGAUCUUGCCCAAUGGGUUCGCACGAUUGUGUUAGGAACAUAUGAGGCAUGCUCAGAGAUAUCGCAGGUGACUUCACCUUGCAACUGGCGAGGAGAAAAAUGUGAACUAGUGGUCAACUUGGACACUGGAAUUUCGCUAUCCAGACAAAAUCGGGAGGUAUUAUGGCACUAUUCGUUCGAAUCUAUUCGAGCGACAGGAGAUGACGGCGGGCGAUUCCUAUGGAUUGACUUCGGUCCUCCUAAUGGCGAGCAAGAGCUGGAUCUCAUCACAUCAGCGAAGCCAAUAGUCUUCAUCUUACACUCCUUCCUAGCCACAAAAGUCUACCGACUAGGGCUUUAUGCAUGA